AUGGCCGCCAGAGCACCAUCCGCGACACGUAUCCAACCAGUCGUUGUAGGGUCCAAGGAUGCUAUCGAGACCGCCGUUGAUACUAUUCUCAAACCCCUAAGCACGAUCGAAUCGGCCAAGCGUUUAGCUGCCUACACCGCUGUAGACCGCCACGUCAAGCCAGAGCACAUAGUAAUAGGUAUCGGUUCAGGAUCUACGGUCCCUUAUGUUGUCGAGCGCAUUGUACAGCAGGGAAGAGAGGCCAACAAGGACCGUGUCUUCAUCCCUACCGGUUUCCAGUCAAAGGAGUUGAUUGUUUCUUCUAACCUCAAUCUUGGAGAUGUUGACCAAUAUCCUACAAUCGACGUUACACUGGACGGUGCCGACGAGGUUGAUCGAGACCUCAACUGCAUUAAAGGGGGAGGAGCCUGUCAUCUUCGCGAGAAGGUGCUUGCUGAGGCCGCCCGGACGUUUAUCCUGGUCGCCGAUUACCGCAAGAACGUUGAGUACCUGGGGACGAACUUUAAGCCUGGUGUGCCCAUUGAAGUUGUACCUUUCGCAUACGCCAAAGUUCUCCAGAAUUUACACCACAUCCUUGGAUCGCCAAAAGCAACUCUUCGCAUGGCGGUAGCUAAGGCUGGUCCCGUCGUCUCCGACAACGGGAACUUCAUUAUCGACGCGCCGUUUGAGCGGGAGCAUAUGGAAAAGCCAUACGAUAUUAUGGCACGGAUUAAGAUGCUUACCGGUGUGGUUGAGGUAGGAUUGUUUUGCCACAUGGCUCAGGCGGCAUACUUCGGAAAUGAGGAUGGCAGUGUGACCGUUAAGUACCACGAUGGUAAAGUUGAGACCGUAGCCCCGCCCGCUUAA